GCGUCACCCAGCGUCACCCAACUAACACGACCCCCACAGCCUUCGAGAUGUCUUCGGAAAAGAGCCACCGCCUCUACGUCAAGGGCCGCCACAUCAGCUACCAGCGUAGCAAGCGCAACUCGAACCCCAAUGUCAGCCUGCUCCAGCUCGAGGGCGUCGAGAACACAAAGGAUGCGCAGUGGUACCUCGGAAAGCGUGUCGCCUACGUCUACCGCGUCGGCAGCAGCAAGUCGAACCCCGUUCGCGUGAUCUGGGGCAAGAUCCGCCGAACUCACGGAAACAACGGCAUUGUUCGCGCUUCUUUCCAGCACAACCUCCCACCAAAGUCCUUCGGUGCCAGCGUUAGGGUCAUGAUGUAUCCCAGCUCCAUCUAAGGGCUGGCGAAUGAGAAACAUUCGGGAAGGAGUUGAGGCGAUUGGGACCGGCGCGCAGCCACAACAAAAUGUCGUUCAUGGCAGCCUCUUUAGUUUCAUGACAAUGCGAUAAUGGUAGCAUACACAUCCGUGUUGGAGCCCGAUUGCAGAGACAAGACUGCUUUCACGGUAGGGCUGAUGGAUAAAGUGCGGGGUCUGUUCAGGAACAUUCUAGAUCACCAGCCGUAGCUGCCUUGCCUAGCUUUCUAUAACACGAAGCCAACCCACACUUGAUCCUCUCG